AUUUAUUUUAUUUACUCCCGUGCGUGAGAGAGAAAGUAAGAGAGAGACGGCAACUAUGAGGGUCUUGGCAAAAAAAGCAGCCUUAUCAGGCACUGGUGGCGCUGUGAGUUUCCCUGUCCACCACCACAGUCUUCCUCACGUUUUAUCAUCUUCUUUACCAUUGCGAAAUCAGCGGCAAGUCUGCAGAGGAAAGCUUGUCAGUCGAUCUGCCAGUGCUAGUGUUACAUCAUCAUUAUCAUCAUCAUCUUCUUCUUCUUCCGGCGUGUCUAAUUUGUUCAGCGGUGGUGGAAGCAACAAUAGCACCACCACCACCACCACCGAGUUGUUGGAAGUGAGAGAGAUAAAGGAGAGGUGCAUUAAGUGGAAGUGGAAAGGCCACACCAUCAAUUACUUGGUCAUUAACAAUACUAAUGGCAUUGGGGAAGAAGGAACUCCACCUCUGCUUCUUGUUCAUGGUUUUGGUGCCUCCAUUGCUCAUUGGCGCAGGAAUAUCAUGACGCUAGCUCAAAGUUACACUGUUUAUGCCAUUGACCUUAUUGGUUUUGGUGCUUCUGAUAAGCCCUUAGGCUUUGAAUAUACAAUGGAAGUAUGGGCGCAGUUGCUGUUGAAUUUCUUGGAUGAAAUUGUUCAAAGGCCUGCUGUGCUGAUAGGGAACUCUGUUGGAAGUCUCGCUUGUGUUAUUGCUGCAUCAGAGUCUACUGGAUCUCUGGUUCGAGGGCUGGUUCUGUUAAAUUGUGCUGGUGGUAUGAACAACAAGGCAAUCGUGAAUGAUUGGAGAAUUAAGCUGCUGUUACCUUUGCUUUGGUUAAUUGACUUCUUACUAAAACAAAAAGGGAUUGCUUCAUUUUUCUUUGAUCGUGUCAAACAAAGAGAUAACCUGAGGAACAUCUUAUUGUCUGUCUAUGGAAAUAAGGAAUCUGUGGAUGAAGAUCUGAUCCAGAUCAUAAAGGAACCAGCAGAUGAUGAAGGGGCGCUUGAUGCUUUUAUUUCCAUUGUAACAGGCCCACCAGGGCCGAAUCCAGUGCAGCUGAUGCCAAGAAUUUCCUUACCUGUCCUAGUGUUAUGGGGUGAUGAGGACCCAUUUACCCCACUAGAUGGGCCCGUUGGUAAAUACUUCUUUUCCUUACCUUCCAAACAACCAAAUAUAAGCCUCUUUGUCCUGGAAGGUGUUGGUCACUGUCCUCAUGAUGAUAGACCAGACUCAGUACAUGCAAAGCUGCUUGAAUGGCUAGCUCAUUUUACUGUUACAUGAGUUACUAUAUUAAAUGAAUUACCACUUCCAAAUUUUUUACUUGUGAUGUGAAAACGUCAUCGUCGUCAUCAUCAUCAUCCUUGCCUUAAUCUCAUAUGAUCUGUAAACAUACAUUCGUCAAUUAAUGUCACAAAUCAUAAUGUAUACUUCAGCUUUGCAUUCUUGCAUUGGGAUUAAUACUUUGUUGAGUUAGAUUGAGAUUUCUUAUGGAUUCUUUGUUAUAUGGAACCUCCUAAUAGAUACAAGAAAGGGAAUACAAUUUUUCUCAUCUUUACUGGAUA